UGACAGCUACUACAUUAUAUAAUACAUAAAAGAUUUCGUGAAUCGUGUGCUAAGCCAGAUAACUUGUGUUUCCUCUUCACCCCUUUAAAGCUAAUGAAGACAAAACAUUAAGCUCAUACCUCACACUACUCACGUUCCUACUCGGUGUACAGGGAAUAUAUAGACACAUACAUGUAGCUCCAUCAUUAUGUCUUUACUAAGGAGACUCCAUUAUCAUUAACAGAUAUCUCCAUCUCAAUCUUCAUUUACAUCCUUUCCUUAUAGUAAGCCAAAAUGACCAGAUCAGUAGACUUAUCACAAACGGAAAGAACCAUCAGUAACCAGAAUAAGCCAUACCAUCCUAAGACAAGUUCACUCUUUUCAUUCUACUCACCAAAAUUCUCCAUCUAUCUCCUCAUCACUGGUGCCAUUCUUUUCAUUCUUUUCCAAAUCCAAUCUUUACAAACCCCACCCUCUUCUCCAUUACCAUCAUGGGAUUUUCUGAAUCAAUGGCAAAAAGUCAUCAUCAACACAACUACAAGCAUAUCAACUUUCAAUAAUGAUCAAGAUAAUCUCACCAAAUUAAUGGCCAAGAAACUCCGUGAGUCGGUUACAUUUCUUCCCCUCAAAGACUUACGUUACUCCUCCACAUCUCAACAAGGACACACAUGGUUCAUGAGUUCAAUGUAUGACACACAUGAAGAAGGUGAAGUCCAAUACCAAAGAUUCCCUUCAAAUGCAUCAAAAGGUAGACUUUUGUGCCUUAAAGGUAAUGACACUCAUGAUGGUGCAUGGAAUUCAUAUGCACUAGCAUGGCCUGAAUUUUUGCCUUACAAUUCCACCUUAAAAAAAGGUCUCACGUUUGUAUCCUACAACCACUACAAUUACGAUAACAUUUGGCAUGGCUUGUCAGCUAUGGUACCAUUUGUAGCAUGGCAUAUCAAGAACCAAUGUUCAUUUAUUCCCACUAGAUAUAUUUUGUACCAUUGGGGUGAAGUUAGGAUUAAAAUGGGGCCUUGGUUGAAAUCUUUAAUGGAUGCUACAUUUGGUGAACCACUUCAUAUUGAAGCUUUUGAAAAUAUUAAUAAUGCUGCUUGUUUUGAGGAUGCUGUGGUGAUGAGACAUAAUGAAGGGGGAAUGUCUAGACAAAAAAGGAUUGAAGUAUAUGAUUUGCUAAGGUGGAAGGCUAGAAUGUAUUGUAAUGUGAGCUUAGAAGGUAGGCUAUCAGAGGUGAACGUAAGGGGAUUGCCGGUAAUCGGAAUGACAAUGUUCAUGAGAGUUAAUGGACCAAGAUCUUUCAAGAAUGAAUCUGCUGUCAUUAGAAUAUUUCACAAGGAAUGUCAAAUGGUGGAAGGCUGCCGCUUCAUAGUUGCUUAUUCCAAUAAUCUCACUUUUUGUGAACAGGUAAGGUUGAUGAGUUUGACAGACAUACUAAUAUCCCCACACGGAGCACAAUUAACAAACAUGUUCCUCAUGGACAAAAACAGCAGUGUAUUAGAGCUCUUCCCAAAAGGAUGGCUCAAACUAGCAGGUGUAGGACAAUAUGUAUAUCACUGGAUAGCUAGUUGGUCUGGGAUGAAACACGAAGGAGCUUGGCGUGAUCCUGAUGGAGAUCGCUGCCCUUAUUCCGACGAUGAUAAGCGUUGCAUGGCUAUUUACAAAAGUAGCAAAAUUGGAUAUAAUGAGACCUAUUUUUCUGAAUGGGCUAGAGGUGUUCUUGGUGAGGUGAGAAUAAGGAAGAAGGAAGAGUUUGCCUUAAAAAAGAGUUCAGAUGUUACUCCUAGUGGCUGUUAUUGUAAUUAACUUAUCUUUAUAUUUUUUGUUGUAACUUUUAUUAGGAUGAUUUUGUACUUUACAAGUAUGAAGUCAAAAUCCCUUUCUGAGGGAGCUUUCCUUUUGAUGCUCAAACCUGAACUUUAUAAAAGUCUUUCUUUUCGUUAAUCUUUUUUUUUUUUUUUUUGGGAAAAUUUCCUUUACAUGUAAUAUUAUAACAUUAUUUCCCUAUAAUAACAUCAAAAUUGUUUUUACGGAAAAUACCAAUAAUUUGAUUACCAACAAUGUAGGAUACAAUUUUACCUUAAAUAGAACCCCUCUUUCCAUGCAUUACUUUUAAGGAUCUGCGGUUACCUUUUUUCACGAUUCAUAAUUCUCCUUCUAAUAAGAAAUUUGUAGAGGAAGAAUUAUCAUAAGAGAAAAAUAUAAAUCAUACAAUUUCAAUAUUUGAGAUAUACAAUAUAAAUAUAAAAUACGUCUAUAACAAUGAACAUAUGAUCUUUAGAGGAAGAAUUACAAGAAGAGGAAAAAUAUAAAUCAUAAAAUACAAUAUAAAAAUAAAAAAUAAAAGUACACUCUAAUGUGAAAAAAAUGAACCUGUAAUUAAUAUAUACAAAAAAAAAAUACAAUAAUAAUACAAACAUAUAAUACUCCCAAAAACAAGAUAAACAACUUGUAUCAGUUCUUACAACACAAAACAUAGUAAGUACAUAUACAUGUAUAUUCUAAUGCCAAAGAAAUAAAAAUGCUAUAAAUAUAUAAAAAAGAAAAAACACAACAAAAAUAUAAAAUCAAAUGUGAAAAAAAUGAACAGAUAAUUAAUACAUACACAAAAAAUACAGUAAUAAUACAAAUACAUAUGUACUCCAAAUUAAAAAUGAGAUAAAGAACUUGUAUCA